GUUCUUGGAAAUGGAUACCUUUGUAUGUGACAAACUAAACCAGUGGGGUCUCAGUGAGUUUAUUGAAAUAUUUAAAGAUCAAGGGGUUGACACAGAGAACCUUUAUUGUCUUGAGGAUGAAGAUAUUAACAAGCUGAUAACAAAAGUGGGACCGAGAGCAUGGUUCAAAAAGAGACUCAAACAGUUAAAGGAAGAAGAAAAUACUAAUGGUGAAAAAGAAGUUUGUCCUAAAUCAUGCCAAGAGCAGAAUAAAGAUGCAACUGAUUUGACAAAGAUUUUACCCUCCACGAGUAAUACAGCAAAGCGAAAACUUGACCUUCAGGAAGAAUCUAACAUAAAGAAACCAAAGCGACAGAAUAAAAGAUCUCAAUUCACAGAAUCAAUGAUACUGAGUGAUGCGAAAAACAUAAUGACACAUGUUCAUGCUAAGCUACAAAACCAAGAGACCACAGAUCUUAAUGAAUUCCUGAUGACCAAAAUUAGAGAUUUGGAAACRGACAAAAGGGAGCUGGUUGGUGUGUUUGGUAAAACUGGAGCUGGAAAGACCUCAUUGAUUAAUGCAGUCAUUGGUGUGAAGAAACUUUUGCCAUCUGGAGAUGUAGAUGCAUGUACCUCGGUUAUGAUCAAAGUGGAGGCAAACGCUCUCAACUCGAAUUAUGAAGCAGAGAUCGAAUUCAUCAACAAAGAGGAGUGGGAAGAUGAGUUAGGGAGCGUAGACCGCUUUCUUGAGGAUGACGAAGAUCAGGAGAAGCAUGACGAUGAUGAAGAGAACGAUGGCUAUCAUGACCUUAUUGAGAAGCUUACAGCACUUUAUGGAGAGGAAUGGAAACAAAAAUCAUCACAGCAGCUCAUGGAUAACAGAUACUUCAGAGAGAUUCCAGAGUUUMUUCAGUCCACAAAGAAGAUUUUAACUUAUGAAUCGGCUAUAGAGCUAUCUGCAAAAAUGUUGAAGUACACCAAACAAGGAGAAGACAAAGAUAUAAAACGGUGGUACUGGCCUCUUGUGAAGUGUGUCACUGUCAAAGUACCACAAAAUAAUUUUCUCCAGCAUGUCACUCUUGUGGACCUUCCUGGAAAUGGAGACCGUAACAAGAGCCGAGAUUCAAUGUGGAAAAAGAUUGUUGGAAACUGUUGUACGGUGUGGAUCGUAUCUGAAAUCAACAGAGCAGCAUCUGAUAGAGAAUCCUGGGAGAUCCUGAAAAGUGCCAGUAAUUUCCUUGGAAACGGUGGCGAGUGYCGAUACAUUCACUUCAUCUGCACCAAGUCUGAUGUUUUAGGAGAUUUACAUGAUCSUUCACCAGCUGACGUUCAGGCCUUGAUCCUAAAUAGAAACUUAAAAGCCAAGGAAGCAGUGGGCAAAGAAUUCAACAAGCUAAAUAAGAUAAAGAAAUAUUUUAGUAAUGAGUGUUUUAAAGUCUUCACAGUGAGCUCUGCAGAGUUUCUGAAACCAAAAAAUCUAAAGCUGGAGGACACUGAAAUUCCCGAGCUUCAARWAUUUUUGCAAAAUCUAAACGACUCUCACUCAGUGACACUAAACUACAUUUCUGGUGCUCAAGGGAUUCUGUCUUUGAUUCAAGGRSCCAACUUGAAAAAAGUGGCUGACUGUUACAAAGUUGUGUGUGACGACCUUGAGGCAAACCUGAACUGUCAACUUUAUGGAAUCAGAGAUGAAAUGUGUGACAUCUACAGCACCUUUAUAAAAUGUCUUGAUGAAGGAGUUGAAACUUCCAAAAGUUCUUGUAAAAAUAUCCUGAGAUUCUUCUUAUAUCCUACAGGAAAGAGUGAAAGUGCUCAAUACUACAUCCUGACGAGUGUCGUCAAAAAUGGUGGCAUCCACAAACCAAAAAAGGGGAAAGAAAUAAAUYUCAACAUGAAAUUAACUUCAUUCUUGAGUAAAAGCAUCGAUGAGGAAUUCAGAAAAACCUUCUCCAAUGAAGGAAAUUAUGGCCCAUUCAAUGGAGUGAUCAAUAAGUUUUCACUUGACACUGAAAAAYUAAAACCAAAGUACMCGGAUGCAGGACUGCAGCUGACCUUUCUCAAGACAGAGGAGGAAAAGAUCAAGACAAAACUGAACAAAAUGAUUCGUGACAACAAAAAAGUAAUCUACAUGAGUCUAACAAAAACAGUUGAGGAAAUCAUGAAAGAGUGCUAUGAAGAAGCAGCAGAGUUUCGAGGAMAGAACACGCUGCAGAACAUAAGGCAAACAAUUCAGCACCAUGUGCACAAUUUUCAGAACAGCAUGUUUGAGAAAGCCAAAAAUGUCAUGUUGGAUCUUCUCCUCAAACUGAUGGUUUAUGUGUCAACGGAGCUUGGAAUGGUUCAGAAACUCUGCGAGGAGCUGAACAGCAGCAUGGAUGCAUAAAUAUCCUGAAAUGGAUACRMAUUUUUAAUCAAAUCAUAUYCCAUAUAAAUGGUAGUUUCUGUGAACUCUUUUUCCAGAUAAGUUGGCAAAAAUGUAUGAUACUUUGUAUUUUCUUUCAUUUAAAACAUUCUGACCUGGAAUUGUACUCUUAGCAUCAUUGCAAUGACUCAAUAUUCUGACAUUUGUGUAUCUUUGUUUCUGUUUUAUCACAAGAUGUAACAUGUGGCUCUGAUUGGCCACAAUAAAUCCUCUUUGUACAGAUUUGAUGUAUUGAUUUUGUUGGCACCUGUGUUGUAGACAUGAUUUAUAUGUUCUUUAAAACUGCCAGCAUUCCCAUUUAUUUUAAGCGAGCUGUUGGCAAGUUAAUACUAAGAAAUAAUAUCAAUAUAUUUUCAUAAUAAUGACAGGUCAGAACCUUUAUUCCUCACAAAAAAUUAUUGUUUUUGUUAUGUAUAUUUUCUGAAUGUUAAUAAUAAAUAAUGUUUGAAAUUUAUGUGUAUAAAUGUGUUAUUUGCUAACACAGCAACUAAUGUUUUCUGUCACCUUUCAUAUCCUGCAACAAAUAUAAAUGAUAUGAAUGUCAAUUUGUACAUUCUUGGCAAAAAUAUGCAUUUGUACAUUGUGUGAUAAAUGAAUAUUGUGAACGGUUGGGCUUUCUUAAUUGUACUUGUUCUACUGUGUWGUUGUUUUCAUUUWAAAAAUGUAAUCAUCUGUUGUAUUGUAGAAAUCAUAGGAACAUUUAAUAAAAAUACAUGUAAAUCUUA